AUGAAUGGUUCGCUUACUCCUGCAGAGGGCAGAGAUCAAGCAAAACUUUUCAUUGCGUGCAUCUUCAUUGCCGCCGCGACGGCUGCAGUGAUUCCUGUCGAACAAGCCAGGCACCGUCGCGACGUCUCCGAGAUCGUGAACGAUUACGUCCCGCCAGCAGAGGAAGUUGCCCUCGAUGCUCCCCUCGGAGAGAUCGCCCAAGACUCGGCUGUCGUGGGAGAGGAUGGAUACCGCUACAAGACCGUGCGUCGCCUGAAGUACCGCCAGCGUCGGGAUGUGUCCGAGAUCGCCAACGACUACCUGCCCCCAUCUGAAGAGGUUGCCACUGAGGCUCCUCUUGAGGAAGCUCCUGUCGAAGAAGCUAGCCAGGAUUCCGCUGUUCUCGCUGCUGAUGGAUACCAGUAUAAGACCGUGCGCCGCCUGAAGUACCGCCAGCGUCGUGAUGUCUCCGAGAUCGCCAACGAAUAUCUGCCCCCAUCCGAGGAGGUUGUUGCUGAUGCUCCAGUCGAGGAGGUUCCCGUCGAAGAAGCCAGCCAGGAUUCCGCCGUUCUCGCUACUGAUGGAUACCAGUAUAAGACCGUGCGUCGCCUGAAGUACCGCCAGCGUCGUGAUGUCUCCGAAAUCGCCAACGACUACCUGCCCCCAUCUGAGGAGGUUGUUGCUGAUGCUCCAGUCGAGGAGGUUCCCGUCGAAGAAGCCAGCCAGGAUUCCGCCGUUCUCGCUACUGAUGGAUACCAGUAUAAGACCGUGCGUCGCCUGAAGUACCGCCAGCGUCGUGAUGUCUCCGAGAUCGCCAACGACUACCUGCCCCCAUCUGAAGAGGUUGCCACUGAGGCUCCUCUUGCAGACGCUCCUGUCGAGGAAGCCAGCCAGGAUUCCGCCGUUCUCGCUGCUGAUGGAUACCAGUAUAAGACCGUGCGCCGCCUGAAGUACCGCCAGCGUCGUGAUGUCUCCGAAAUCGCCAACGACUACCUGCCCCCAUCUGAGGAGGUUGUUGCUGAUGCUCCAGUCGAGGAGGUUCCCGUCGAAGAAGCCAGCCAGGAUUCCGCCGUUCUCGCUACUGAUGGAUACCAGUAUAAGACCGUGCGUCGCCUGAAGUACCGCCAGCGUCGUGAUGUCUCCGAGAUCGCCAACGACUACCUGCCCCCAUCUGAAGAGGUUGUUGCUGAUGCUCCAGUCGAGGAGGUUCCCGUCGAAGAAGCCAGCCAGGAUUCCGCCGUUCUCGCUACUGAUGGAUACCAGUAUAAGACCGUGCGUCGCCUGAAGUACCGCCAGCGUCGUGAUGUCUCCGAGAUCGCCAACGAAUAUCUGCCCCCAUCCGAGGAGGUUGUCACCGAGGCUCCUCUUGAGGAAGCUCCUAUCGAAGAAGCCAGCCAGGAUUCCGCUGUUCUCGCUGCUGAUGGAUACCAGUAUAAGACCGUGCGUCGCCUGAAGUACCGCCAGCGUCGUGAUGUCUCUGAGAUCGCCAACGACUACCUGCCCCCAUCUGAGGAGGUUGUUGCUGAUGCUCCAGUCGAGGAGGUUCCCGUCGAAGAAGCCAGCCAGGAUUCCGCUGUUCUCGCUGCUGAUGGAUACCAGUAUAAGACCGUGCGUCGCCUGAAGUACCGCCAGCGUCGUGAUGUUUCCGAGAUCGCCAACGAAUAUCUGCCCCCAUCUGAAGAGGUUGCCACUGAGGCUCCUCCUGCGGACGCUCCUGUCGAGGAAGCCAGCCAGGAUUCCGCUGUUCUCGCUGCUGAUGGAUACCAGUAUAAGACCGUGCGCCGCCUGAAGUACCGCCAGCGUCGUGAUGUCUCCGAAAUCGCCAACGACUACCUGCCCCCAUCUGAGGAGGUUGUUGCUGAUGCUCCAGUCGAGGAGGUUCCCGUCGAAGAAGCCAGCCAGGACUCCGCUGUUCUCGCUGCUGAUGGAUACCAGUAUAAGACCGUGCGUCGCCUGAAGUACCGCCAGCGUCGUGAUGUCUCCGAGAUCGCCAACGAAUAUCUGCCCCCAUCUGAAGAGGUUGCCACUGAGGCUCCUCUUGCGGACGCUCCUGUCGAGGAAGCCAGCCAGGAUUCCGCUGUUCUCGCUGCUGAUGGAUACCAGUAUAAGACCGUGCGCCGCCUGAAGUACCGCCAGCGUCGUGAUGUCUCCGAAAUCGCCAACGACUACCUGCCCCCAUCUGAGGAGGUUGUUGCUGAUGCUCCAGUCGAGGAGGUUCCCGUCGAAGAAGCCAACCAGGAUUCCGCUGUUCUCGCUGCUGAUGGAUACCAGUAUAAGACCGUGCGUCGCCUGAAGUACCGCCAGCGUCGUGAUGUCUCCGAGAUCGCCAACGAAUAUCUGCCCCCAUCCGAGGAGGUUGUCACCGAGGCUCCUCUUGAGGAAGCUCCUAUCGAAGAAGCCAGCCAGGAUUCCGCUGUUCUCGCUGCUGAUGGAUACCAGUAUAAGACCGUGCGCCGCCUGAAGUACCGCCAGCGUCGUGAUGUCUCCGAAAUCGCCAACGACUACCUGCCCCCAUCCGAGGAGGUUGUCACCGAGGCUCCUCUUGAGGAAGCUCCUAUCGAAGAAGCCAGCCAGGAUUCCGCUGUUCUCGCUGCUGAUGGAUACCAGUAUAAGACCGUGCGCCGCCUGAAGUACCGCCAGCGUCGUGAUGUCUCCGAGAUCGCCAACGAAUAUCUGCCCCCAUCCGAGGAGGCUCCUAUUGAGGAAGCUCCUAUCGAAGAAGCCAGCCAGGAUUCCGCUGUUCUCGCUGCUGAUGGAUACCAGUAUAAGACCGUGCGUCGCCUGAAGCUGCGCCACCGCCGUGCCCUGUAA